AUGGCAGAUUCUCCAACUGUGGAGAAGAUCAAUGUUUACAACACUGUAACAGGCUUCAACAACAUCAGCCAGGCUUCAGUGUCCUUCUCUGAGGCUGCUGACCCACAUGAGAGUGGACCCCCACUCCCUACGUCAGUGGGUCUGUCCGAUUAUGAUAAGAGGAGCCCCAGCUCUUGCCGACAUCCCCUAAAGGACGCACGUCAAAGGAGUUCAGAUUCCUGUGAGUUCACUCUGGAUCCAAACACAGCGAACAGUUAUCUCUCUCUGUCUGACGGGAACAGAAAGGUGGAAUUUGUGAAAGAUUCACAGUCGUAUCCUGAUCAUCCAGAGAGAUUUGAUGGCUGUGUGCAGGUUCUGUGUAGAGAGAGUCUGACUGGACGCUGUUACUGGGAGGCUGAGUGGAGCGGGAUGGUUGAUAUAGCAGUAACAUAUAACUCAAUCAGCAGGAAAGGAGACAGUGCUGACUGUCGGUUUGGAUGGAAUGUAAAGUCCUGGAUUCUGAGCUGCUCUGAUGACAGUUACUCUGUCUAUCACAAUAAUAACAGCACUGAACUCUCUGCUCGUCCCUCCAGCUCUGAGACAGUAGGAGUGUAUGUGGACUGUCCGGCCGGCACUCUGUCCUUCUACAGCAUCUCCUCACACACACUGACACACCUACACACAUUCAGCACCACAUUCACUGAACCACUCUGCGCUGGGUUUACAGUUUGGGGUUUGGGCUCCUCAGUGUGUUUAAAAUAAAUAAUCUUGAAAAUCUUCAAAAUCACAAAACACACACACACACACACACA